UGGUGAUCAUCGGCGGCUUUCAGAUGCAGAGAGUCAAGAGCGGUCUCACGUUUUUUGAAUUUGUCGUUCGCAGUCGAUCCUCGCGAAUACUAGUGUGCGUCUCUCAGUUUCACCACCGUAAACUCCAACCGUGAACUCCAACGUAUACCAUUAUCGAUCUUGACAGGCCCCUCAUCAUCUUGUAAUUUCAACGAUUUUCGCAUAGAAAAAAUAACAGAACGAUAAUGGCUCGCCCAAAAAGAUGGAAAAAGUGUAUGUGGGAAAAUUUAUUGACUUUACUGACGGUAGUCGGCGUUUUUGCUGGCACACUAUUAGGUUUUAUCUUAAGGAAUAUUGAUAAAACUGGGGGAUGGACAAAUCGCGAAAUAAUGUAUAUUCAAUUUCCUGGAGAUCUUUUUUUGAGGAUGCUCAAAGGUCUUAUUUUACCUUUAAUUGUGGCUAGUAUUGUCAGUUCGAUCGGUAGUUUGGAUCUCUCUCUUUCAGGAAAGAUUGGCAUGAGAUCGAUUUAUUAUUACGGAACUACAACGAUUACUGCUGUUAUACUUGGAAUAAUUCUUGUUUUGGUGAUAAGACCCGGAGAAAUUAGUGGGACUUCUUUCGAAGUUGACAAAGAUUUAACUCCCAUCAGAAAUGUUACUACCUCCGACACGCUAUUAGAUUUAGUUAGAAAUAUAUUUCCAUCAAAUCUUGUUCAAGCAUGUGUUGCACAAUAUCGAACGAUAUUAACGGAGCCUAAGAAUGCGACUAAUGAAACCACUAUAGAAGAAUGGGAUAUUUCAAGUAAAUAUACCGAUGGAACAAAUACUCUUGGAUUAGUUGUUUUUAGUAUUAUUUUGGGGAUUACACUCGGUAAAAUGGGAGAAUCUGGAAAAGCUUUGUUAGAUUUUUUUAUAGCAUUGUCAGAGGCAACUAUGAUUAUUACCAAAUGGGUUAUUUGGAUUUCACCGAUCGGUGUUUUCUUUUUGGUUGCUGCUAAACUUUUAGAAAUUGAGGAUAUAAGUGCAAUCAUUGGUAAAUUAGGCUUAUAUUUUAUGACAGUAUUAUUGGGACUAUUUCUCCAUGGUUUUGGUACUUUGUCUGUAAUAUACUUCGUAUGUACCAGAGAAUUACCUUUUAAAGUCAUUGGACAAAUGGGACAAGUGUUAGUUACAGCAUUUGGAACAGCUUCAAGUACUGCUACACUGCCAGUAACUCUGCAGUGCUUGGAUAAUAUGGGAGCAGAUCCUAGAAUAACAAGAUUUGUGGUACCAAUUGGUGCAACUAUUAACAUGGACGGAACUGCAUUAUACGAAGCAGUUGCAGCUAUAUUUAUUUCUCAAGUUAGAGGCGUAUCGUUAAAUCUUAGUAAAGUCAUCGGUGUUAGCGUAACUGCAACAGCUGCAAGUAUAGGUGCUGCAGGUAUACCACAAGCUGGUCUUGUUACCAUGGUCAUGGUUUUAGAUACUAUAGGUUUACCAGCAAAGGAUGUUACUCUAAUUAUUGCCGUAGAUUGGUUGCUAGAUCGAUUCCGAACAACUAUUAAUGUAAUGUGCGAUGCACUUGGAGCUUGCAUUAUCGAAAAGAUGAGCAAAGGAGAUCUUAAUGUACCUGCAUUGAAUCAAACAGAAGAUGCCAUUGAACUUGCUCGAUUGCAAAACUCAGAUAACUAAUUUUUUCUUUUUCUUUUCUUCUUCCUAUGCAUGCUACUUAAUAGCAUUUAUACGAUAUUAUAUUAUUUUACACAGUUUUAACUGUGUUUCUUAUCAGAGACUUAUCAAUUUUUAUAUUAUUUAAUAUAACGUGCUUACAAAUGAACAAAUUUGUUCAGCAUAAUUUAAUGAAUAAUAACUUUUUAAAUCUAGAUAUAUAUUAAUGCAAAUACAAAUCUACAACACAAACAAAUUUAGCUUUAAACUUUUUCCAUCAUAUUUACGUAGAUUUAUUAUAUACAUAUGUACAAAAGCCAUUGAUAUAAUAAUUUAAGAGUAUAAUAUAGGUAAUGCUGUUAUCCUCAAUGAUAAAGAAUUGGAAAAUUAUUAAAAAAAAAAAAAAAA